UUUAUUUAAUAUCAAUUUGGGGUGUAAAAUAAUGUUUACUUAGGUAUGCUGAACCUAAGCAUAUGUGUAAAUUAUUAACUGAAGUUGUGAAACUGUUCAGUUAUUUUUGUGCAUGACCAAACAGAAGAAAAUAAAAUAAAUCUUAUUGUGGACAAAGGAAAACUAAGAAAUAACUAAAUCUACACCAAAAACAGAGGCACAUUUUAAAUAAUAAAGCCUGUCAAAUUCACAAAUUAUACAAAGCAACUCCCAACUGUGGGAGCGAAAAAUGACCUAACAAGAUGGGAGUGGCUACACCUGUCGGACCUGUUCCUGAUACAUGACUCCAGCAGGAUUCUCCUAUGCGUUAGUCUUUUGUUCAACCUGUGCUUGUCAAGCUGAACGAGGAUGGCGGAAACACCGAACCCAGCCACUACCUCCUUCCCAGCACCGACUAUUGCUCUACCCCUUGGAAUGGAAAUAUUGAGGACAUAUUCAGGGGCCUUGAUUUGUUUGGAAAUUGUGUUUGGAGGGUUGGUGUGGAUAUUAGUAGCGUCGACGAAUGUGUCUGUGCCAUUGUUGCAGGGAUGGGUGAUGUUUGUUUCAGUAACCAUGUUCAUCUGUUCAUCUGUAUACCUUGCCCUGUUUCUGCUGGGCCUGGCUGACAAGAUCAACACUGACUGGAAUUUCAUGGACAUGUUCUACCAUUUCAUCGCUUUGCUGUUUUAUUUUGGUGCAUUUUUGCUGGAGGCUACAGUUUCAUCUGCGGGUACAUAUGUCAAUAGCACCUGCAUACGCAGACCCCGUGGCAAUAUAAUCACAUUUCUGGACUAUAGAGAAUAUAACAUUAAUGUCGCUGCUGCGAUAUUUUCAUUUAUAGUGACUUUGUGUUAUGGCUGUAGCAUGUUCAUGGGCUUCAGAAGAUGGAGAAAAUAGCACACAAAAAUGAAGCAUAUGUAACCCAUUCAGAACACAAUGUCAAAUAUCAACUGAACUGUGACAUUACACAAGUUGAUAAUGGUUUACCACAAUGUCUCUAGGGUCUAGUCUCAUAAAACAGGAAUCAUUUUUAAAACAUAAUUAUGUAAAAUAUUUUACAUUUUUUGGUGAUUUGGGCAAAACUUAUAUGCAGUAAUAUUUGAAUUUUAUAGUUUUAAGAGGUUAUUGUUAAACUUCAGCUGUGGGCUGAGAGGUCUAAUAUUUUAGAUUUUUUAGAUGCUAGAUUUUUACCCUCUGGAUGGCUUUAAUUUACUGAUGUAAACAGAAAUUGUAAAUCCAUUGUAUUUCACUCCGGUAUUAGCCAUUGCUCUAACAACACCAAGGCAAACACUUUUUUAUGUAUUUAUUUUUAUUUUUUAUUUUUUUUUUAAUUAUUACAAAUGUCAUGUAAAGUUACACAAGUCAGAUGCAAAUAUGUAUGUAAUGUGCAUAAUGUAUUUAAUAUAUAUUUUUCUCUUUUCUUUUCUUCUGUACAAAAUUGAUUUAUGUUAUGUUUUAUAGCAUAAAUAAAGCAUAAUUUUUAAUUCCUAA